CACACCUUAUUAAGAAAGAAAAAAAAUAUAUAGCUGAAAGUUGGUUGCUCUGUUGACCACAGUUCCUGAAAGGGAAUUUGUUCUUCAGCAUCAGAAGCAAUAAUACUGUCCAAGAACUUCUGGCCUUUUUUUUUAAAAGCCUGAAUGGGAUGUUUUGCACAAUACAGCUUUAGUUGUAUGCAUUUUGUCCAUUCCUAGAGAGAGUAAAAAUUACUUAGGCCAUGCUCAGGUGGAACAGUGCGAUUAGCAUGUCAACAAGAUUAACAUCUCCAAAGGAGAUGCAGUUGGAUCCUGCUAGGGUGCAGUUAUCUCCAGAAUCUAAGAGCAAUGGCAACGACGAAGCAGUGCUCCUACGGAAACAGAAACUGGAGUUCCAGCGACAUAUCAUUGAAAAGAAACAGCGCCGCAAGCGCCAGGAGCUGCUCAUGGUUCAGGCCAACACAGAUUCCAAGGUGAAAGGCCGCCAUGGGAGACACAAACCCGAGGAGCGCAUCCCACUCAUGGAGUCUUGCAGUGAACACAGCCUCUGCAACAGUACUUCCAAUCCCUUCCUUGUGGAGUCUGUCCCAGAAGCUCAUCUUGGCACUCAAAUGUGGGGCAGCUCUGUGCAGAUGAAACGGAUGCAGAACAACCACCAAGGGGAAAACCAGGCAGUCUGUCCAGAUUUCUCUGAUGAAGCAGAUCUUGAGGUGGCUGUUUUGGAAGAAACCCAGCCUGUCAACAAGAACGAGUCCGCUCCGAAGAAUGGCUGGCAAGCCAAGCAGAGAGGAGCAGGGCGAUCCAGAGCCCAGAGGCACGGCCAGGCCUCAAAAUCAAAGAAGAAGGUCUCAUCCCUGAGACGGGACACUUCAUCUACUAGGAUGGGCGUCGAAGCCGAGAGUCCCAGGUGUGAACUCCAGGCAGCUCAAUCAAAGAAAGAAGUGUCUUCUCCAACAGAGAAAAUUUCAUCUGUCAUCACAGACAUGGAGGCCCAUUUAGUUUUCAAGAAUGAGCUCUAUGAUGAAGAUCUGAAGUCCACAGAAUCUAAGGAUACUGUUGGUGAAAUAUGUGAUGUCCAUACAGUCCAGAGCAACUCUGAUAGCGAGGAGGAAGUACCCCAAGAGAUGACAGGACCACCCUCAUGCAGAAAAAAGUCCCGUGAUUGGAUGCUUGCCCACAGAGGAUCUCUCACCAAUGGAAGGAGAAGCUUGAGUGAGGACGAUGGUGGUGAUGAUAAUGAGGACGAUGAAGGUGAAGAUGAAGGUGAUGAAGACUUAAAGGACGAGGAGCAGGAUAUUCUCAGAAGCGUCAUGUACAUCCGUGAGGAGAUCGACUUGUCUACCCCUCCAGGUGAGGAGACUAGCACUCCAAUAUCUCUCAAGGUGGAAGACAUUGAAGCUUUUGUUCUCAAACCUGCUCCUCAGGGCCACAUCAUCCAGUGUCGUAUCACACGGGAUCGGAAAGGGAUGGAUAAGGCUAUCUACCCUUUCUACUACCUGCAUCUGGAGAUGGAAAAUGGAAAGAAGCGAUUCCUCAUGUCCGGACGGAAGAGGAAGAAAAGCAAGACUUCAAACUACCUUAUUUCUCUGGAUCCCAUUGAUCUGUCACGGGAUGGUGACAACUUUAUCGGGAAAGUCAGAUCUAAUGUGCUGGGGACCAGGUUUACGGUCUUCGACAACGGGAUCAACCCUGACAAGAAACCUUUUGUUCCAGAAACAGCCCACCUGCGGCAAGAACUGGCUGCCAUUUGCUACGAAACCAAUGUUCUGGGAUUCAGGGGCCCACGAAAAAUGACAGUGAUCAUUCCUGGAAUGAACUCAGACAAUGAGAGGAUCUGCAUCCGGCCAAAAAAUGAACAUGAGACGUUACUGAUUCGAUACCAGAACCAGAACAUGCAGAACCUGAUUAAACUUCAGAACAAGAUGCCGGCUUGGAACGAGGAGACCCAGUCGUACAUACUCAACUUCCAUGGGCGAGUCACACAGGCUUCAGUUAAGAACUUCCAGAUCAUCUCAGAAGAUGACCCUGAUUACAUUGCGCUACAGUUUGGUCGUGUGGCUCCUGAUGUGUUCACCAUGGAUUACCAAUUCCCGCUGUGUGCAGUUCAGGCCUUUGCCAUCUGCCUGUCCAGCUUCGAUGGGAAACUUGCUUGCGAGUAGAGUUACAAAGAACUACUUCUGAUGCCCAACCCCUUAAGGCUUUUGCUCCAGAUUGCUUCUUACUGCCUCGUGAAAUCGGACACAAUCCAUUACAUUUUUCCAUUCUGCUGACUUGUCAUCAGGCUGGCCCUUGAUGUGACCUGUUCCAGUCAAUUUGGCUUGCAUUUUCCUUUUUACUUCUUCCCAUUUUAGUUCAGACAAGCCAUUUCCUGCCAGAGUAGCCACCGCAUUUCCUAGAACCUUUCAUCUAGUGCGCUCCCGUUUUUUAAAAUUUGCUUUUGCUUUCUUGAUCCUCAAG